UAAAAAAAUUGAACUCUAAAAACGCCACAAAAAAACUAUUAUUUUUUAUCCAGUUUUCAGAAUCCCGCUCACAACCAAAAAAUAAAUUUUGGUUACCCGCUUCUCAUCUUCUUUCUCAUCUCCUUUUACUCUCAAAAUUUUGAUUGUUGUUUUCACUUUACAGUGUUGAUGGUCGCCGGUAUGAGUUUAUUAGUUAGGCAAUUUAAUUUGAGUGUGAAUUUAAAUAACAACGACCACAACCUCUUGAUCCGUGAAUUGGAUGACACCAAGCUAAAGCUGUCUCGUUUGGAAUCUGUUCUCGAAGAAACAAUUCAAAGCAUUGAUGCUAAAACCCUUCUUCUCAAGGAACGCGAGAAGCUUUUCGAAGACAUGGAAAACAAGAUCACUUAUCUGCAGUCUGUUAUAUCCACUCUUAAGGAUGAUUCAUUACUUGCUGAUGAAAAGCUUAAGGCUCUACAAGAGGAGGUACGUUUGCUUUGGGAUGCUUCGAGAAAAAACAACUUUGAACUUCAUGUUUUGGAAUCGGAAGCACAGGACACUGAAGAUAGGGUGGAAGCUGUUAAUUUAAAAGUUGAAAAGAUGGCAGAAGUUGUUACAGAACAAUGGAUUCAAAUUCCACAUCUUGAGCAGGCGCUUCAACUUGCACAAGUAUUGCCUUCGAUGGACCCUAUUAAUAUCAGUUAUUCGUCAAUUCAUAAGGAAGUUUAAAAGAAAAAAGUAAACAUUCUGCCAUUAUAAUCAAUCUGUUAAUUAGCAUAAUUGCUUUUUGUCAUACAAAGGAGGGCAUUGCAAGAUCAAAGGAAAAGGUACAUGAGAUGCCCAUUCUUGAAGGAAAUAUAAUAAGCUGACAUAGUCUUUCAGACCUUUUAUUAUUAUUAUUAUUUUUUUACAAGGUACAUGAGAUGCUCAUUCUUGAAGGUAAUAUAAUAAGCUGACAUAGUCUUUCAGACCUUUUAUUAUUAUUAUUAUUUUUUUACAUCUCUCGCAGUCCAUUUGAAUGUUUUGUAAAAGUAAUGAUAUUUUGCCAAAUGCUUAUCUUUCAUUCAAGUCUUAAUCAAAUCAAAUCAAAUCUUUUCUGCAAAUAUAGUUCUUUAAUGACCUUUUUGAAAGACAUCUUCCAAGGAUGCUUGGUGCAUUGGAAUAUUAUUCAUUCGGAAAAGGAUCUACCAUUAAGUACUACAUGUCUCAAGCUCUGCAACAAUUGAGAAGAUUUUACUCAGCAAUUAAAAAGUAUCACCAUCAGACAUUGAAGGUGCAGCAGAGGAUUCAAUCUCUUCAAGCUGGAAAAGCCAAGGCUUAGCACUUCUUCAAGUGGAACGUUAUUUAAUAUUGCAUUCCAUGGUCAUUCAUCUUAGUCAGAACUUGAAUUUUGUGUUAUAAAAAUAGGGUUUUGUAGCUACAUUGUGUACCAGCUUCUUUAACCAUGAUGGUUAAUUAUUACGAGUUUUGUAGCUUCUUUUAUAA